CGGGAAGGAAACAAUUGAGAGGCGAGGUGCGGCGAGCGGUCCUUCCUUCACAACACCACCAUGGCUGACGCUCAGGCAGGUCAGGAACAGCGCAAAAAGCGCACCUUCAGGAAGUUCACCUACCGUGGUGUGGACCUCGAUCAGCUGCUGGACAUGAACAAUGAGCAGCUGGUUGAGCUUUUUGCUUGCCGGCAGCGGAGACGCUUUCAGCGAGGUCUGAAACGAAAGCAUAUGGCUCUCCUAAAGAGGUUGCGUAAGGCCAAGAAGGAGUGCCCUGCUCUGGAGAAGCCUGCUGUUGUCAAAACUCACCUGCGUGAUAUGAUUAUCGUGCCCGAGAUGGUUGGCUCAAUGGUUGGUGUUUACAACGGCAAGACUUUCAACCAGGUUGAAGUGAAGCCCGAGAUGAUUGGCCACUACCUUGCCGAGUUCUCCAUCACUUACAAGCCUGUGAAACAUGGUCGCCCUGGUAUUGGUGCCACCCACAGUUCCAGGUUCAUCCCACUAAAAUAAACAAAAUAAAACAAAUAUAUCAGU